AUGCUUGCGAGAAAACACUUGAUACGAACAUCACGACUUCCACUCGCUCGAAAUGGGUUGAUACCCAAACCCAUUAUAUGUCGACCGGCCAUAAGGGUCAUUACUGCUCCCUUGGCGAAUCGUGGAUAUGCACAAGGACCACCUAGACCACCGCCUGGAGGACCCCCCGGUGGUGGUGGUGGAUUUGGAGGUAUGAGAUUUCCCGGGGGAGGAGGAGGAGGAGGAGGGAUGAUGGGUCCUUCACAACCUGAAAAAGGAGAGACAUUAAGGCAAUUCUCGAUAGAUCUAACUCAAUUAGCUAGAGAUGGGAAAUUGGAUCCUACGAUCGGAAGAGAUGAAGAGAUUAGAAGAACUAUACAAAUAUUGAGUAGAAGAACUAAGAGUAAUCCGGUUUUGUUAGGUUUACCAGGUGUAGGUAAAACUGCUAUUUUGGAAGGUUUAGCUACUAGGAUCGUCAAUAAAGAGGUACCAGAGUCACUACACGGCAAACGUUUGCUCUCCCUUGAUCUGUCAAUGCUUUUAGCGGGCACGGGUGUUCGAGGUGAAUUCGAAUCUCGAUUCAAAGCCUUGAUCAAGGAUAUCGAAGAGGAAGAAGGGAACGUGAUCUGUUUCAUCGACGAACUCCAUACACUGCUGAACUUGGGCAAAGCGGAAGGAUCGAUGGAUGCUGGAAAUAUGAUCAAACCAGCUUUAGCAAGAGGACUUCAACUUGUAGGAGCAACGACAUUAGAUGAAUAUAAAAAGACAAUAGAGAAAGAUGCUGCUUUACAAAGAAGGUUUCAACCUAUAAUGAUCAACGAACCAUCUGUCGAAUCGACAAUAUCAAUACUACGAGGAUUAAAAACCAGAUUUGAGGUUCAUUUCGGUGUCCAGAUAGCUGACUCAGCUUUGGUCACAGCUGCUGUUUAUUCAGAUCGAUACAUACCCGAUAGGUAUUUACCUGAUAAAGCCAUUGAUCUAGUUGAUGAAGCUUCUUCAGCAUUAAAAUUAGCUCAAGAAUCAAGACCGACUCAACUGGAAAACUUGGAUAGAGAGAUUGUCACGCUUGAAAUCGAAAGGGAAUCAUUGAAAAACGAAGAAGAUCCAUUCUCAGUCAGCAGACGAGAAAAAGUUGAAGAUGAAUUGGAAACGAAAAAGAGUGAACAAAAGCAUCUGGUCGAAUUAUGGUCAACGGAAAGAGGAAGAGUAGCUGAAAUCAAGAAAAUAAAAGAACGAACUGAACAAGCCAAUAUAGAUUUAGAGAAUGCACAAAGAAAUGGUGAAUUUGAAAAAGCGUCAAAAUUGAGGUUCUCAACUAUACCACAAUUGCAAAAUAGAUUACCUAAAGCACAAGCUGAAUUAGCGUCUGAAAACGCUCAAGAGCCCAACAUGGCUGUGAAAGAUAGAGUAACAUCUGAAGAUAUAGCUGUUGUAGUUGCUAAAUCUACUGGAAUACCAGUAAAUAAUCUAUUGAAAGGUGAAAAAGAAAGAUUGGUUCAAAUGGAACAAUCACUCAAACAUCGUGUCGUAGGGCAAGAUCAAGUCGUUCAUUCCGUUAGUGACGCUAUCAGAUUAUCAAGAGCAGGAUUACAAUCUCCUUCCAGACCUUUGGCUUCUUUCCUCUUCCUGGGUCCGACAGGUGUAGGUAAAAGUGAAUUAACAAAAGCGCUAGCGGAAUUCUUGUUUGCGGAUGAAAAGAGAGGAUUAAUCCAAUUGAAUAUGUCUGAAUUCCACGAUAAACAUACUGUUUCGAGAUUGAUUGGAGCCACAGCUGGAUUUGUAGGAUACGAAGAAGGCGGUCAAUUGACAGAAGCAGUACGACGAAGACCAUACGCAGUCGUCGUGUUUGAUGAAAUCGAAAAAGCUCAUCCGGACGUAGCGAAUAUUCUACUUCAAAUUUUAGAUGAAGGUUGUUUGACUGAUGGUCAAGGAAGGCAAGUGAAUUUUAAGAAUACCAUCAUCUGUUUAACAUCGAAUCUUGGUUCAGAAGCAUUAUACGAAUCCGAUGCAUGUCAUCCAGAUGGAUCGAUAACAGAAUCGACUCGAUCAGAAGUAUUAAAUUCGGUAGGAAGGUUCUUCAAACCUGAAUUAAUCAAUCGAUUAGAUGAAUUAUUAGUGUUCAACAAAUUACCUCCUUCAAUCAUUUUAGAUAUAAUACAACUCCGUUUGAAAGAGUUACAAUCUCGAUUGGAUUCAAGAAGGAUUACCUUGGACGUAAGAGAAGAAGCCAAAAUCUUCUUGGCGAACAGAGGUUAUUCAGAACAAUUUGGUGCGAGAGCUGUUCAAAGGGUCAUUAGAGAUAGAGUGGUAACUAAAGUAGCUAGUAAAUUGUUACAAGGUGAAAUCAAGGACGGAGAGAUAGUCACUGUCGAUCUGAAAGACGAUGAAAUACCUACCGGACAUUUUCGUCCUGAAUCGAGACCACUGGAAAUACUCGAAGAUGGAAUUGAGGAAAUAUCAGAAGAGGGACAAGGUGAUGAUAAACCUAGAAGAGUAGUUUAUGGUUGA